AUGGUUGUCGCUACCAUCAAGUGUGUCGUGGUGGGGGACGGUGCUGUCGGCAAGACCUGUCUGCUCAUCUCCUACACAACCAACAAAUUCCCUUCUGAAUAUGUCCCCACCGUCUUUGACAACUAUGCCGUGACUGUCAUGAUCGGUGAUGAACCUUACACCCUUGGUCUUUUCGAUACGGCCGGUCAAGAAGAUUACGAUCGUCUGCGCCCGUUGUCAUACCCUCAGACCGACGUUUUCCUGGUCUGCUUUUCCGUCACGUCGCCCGCUUCAUUCGAGAACGUCCGAGAAAAAUGGUUCCCAGAGGUUCACCACCACUGCCCCGGUGUCCCGUGUCUCAUAGUCGGUACCCAGACCGACUUGCGCGAUGAUGCCAACGUGCGCGAGAAGCUUGCCCGCCAGAAGAUGCAGCCGAUCCGCAAGGAGGAUGGUGACCGGAUGGCCAAGGAACUCGGAGCGGUCAAAUAUGUCGAGUGUUCUGCUCUGACACAGUACAAGCUCAAAGACGUUUUCGACGAGGUAAUUAGCUUUCCGGUUUCCGCAAUCAUGAAUCCCUAUUCCUAUCCCAGUGUCCGGUAUCUUCUCCCGCGGCACACGGAACACGGACAAUUUUUUCGGACCACUCCUGGAUUCGUGUUCACCGCUAAAUGUGCGAUACAGGCUAUUGUCGCUGCUCUCGAACCUGCGCCAAAGAAGAAGUCCAGAGGCUGCCGCCUGCUGUGA